AUGGAUUGGUUGGUAGUGAAUAAAGGCAUGCUCUCGAGGCUGCUGUAUCCGAAUCCAGUGUGUCUGUUGUCCGUACGUAGCAGUGAUGGCACUUCGUGCAACCUCAUGACUAUCUCGUGGAUUACGGCUAUCAACAAUAAAGGAACAUUCAUCUGCUCUAUGAACGCCACACGACACACGGCCAAGUUCAUGAACCAAGCAGGCGUCAUCUUUGUAUUGAAUGUUCCCGUCCGAGGGAUGGAAGAAUUAGUCUUGGCUAUUGGAGGCUGCAGUGGAGCUGACGUGGAUAAAUUUGAUGCAUUUAAUGUUGCCGUGUGCGCUCCAGGAGGUGGAAAGCUUGAGGAUUUAUCCAACGAAGAUAAAGUGCCGACGAAAAAGCAGAAAUUGUCCAAGCAAGAGAUAGCGCGACAGGAAAUCAUCCAUGCAACUCGCCAGAGUAUUGCGCUGCGUGACUGCGUUGCUCACUUGCUGUGUCGAGUGGAUAGCGUGAUGGAAGACGAGGGGCAUCUACUGCUUCGGUGUUCACAGCUUGCUGGGUGGACUCGACGAGCUUACUGGAACGGAUAUAACUUCAUCCCGCAAGAUGGCACGGAUGUAGAGCCAUACCUGACGUUCCUUGGGAGCAAAGUAUUUGGCUACGUGGUGCCCGCAGACUCUGUGCCGACACAAAAAGGAUCGAGAGAUGUGUAA